UUAACCAUGACUUUGUCUGAUAUGAAAGGAUUGCCACAUCUGGUAAAACCAGUCACGCUGGAGAUGGGAUACAGUGGCGUUUUUACACUUUUUGAACUCAUAAAUUUCUUCUACUUUCUUGUAAACAUGUGCAAACAUUACAACUUUUGGCUAAUGUGUGGCGAGUUCUUUUCUGCAUUCUUAUGUCUAACGUGGUUGUUCAACGCACUCCAGUGGUUGCGUGCUCCUCCACCAUUGACUGCUUCAAAAGGACCAUCUAAGCGCGGGAGAUCAAACCAAGAUAAUGCCAACGCAACCCCCGGAUCAAACACCCAUGAUUACGUUGAUCCAACAAGAUCGGUUCCAAAUGAUUAUAGCGCAGCUCCGAGACGGUACCCAGAUGAUUUCAACACAGCUCCAAGAUCGUACGCAGACGAGUACAACGCAACUCAGAAAUCGUACCCAAACGGUGUCAACCCAGCCCCAAGAUCGUACCCAGCUGGUCUUAAGCCGGCUCCAAGAUCGUAUCAAGCUGAUGACUACUACUAUGACUAG